ACAGAGGAGAGCUUCCGUUCAACGUCUUGCUGCUUUACUUCUCAAACCGAGUCGGUCCGUGUCUAUAGCUGGGUAAAACGCUCUGAUCCUUGCACUUAUUUACAUGAAGUUAAAAUGGAGAGAAGAGUUCUGGCAGUGAGGACCAUGAUUAAAGAUCACUGUCCCAAGAAGGAAAAUCUGAACCUUCCAAAGUGGACUCAGAAGAUGGGACACGACAAGCCGUCGGACAACGAGACCGAUGGCAGUUUUGACACCAGCGAGAUGUUGCUCGACAACGAGAAGCAGUUCAUGGAAGCGGCGAAGAGGAAUGACGUGAAGACCAUGAAGAUUCUUGGAAAGAGUCUGAAUGUCAACGUGAAGAAUGUGCACCACAGGACGGCCCUUCACUACGCGGUAGCUGGCAAAAACAAGGACGCAACUCAGUUCCUUCUGCAGCGCAGGGUCAAAGUGGAUCAAAAAGACAAGGUGAGAUGGUUGGAAACGUUUUCAAAGAGAACGACGGCUCAGGUUACAACAUUCAAGCAUGAUUGUGCGCUCUGGUUGUGGCAGUAUGGCAUGGCGGCCAUUCAUCUAGCAGCCUGGUUUGGCAGUUUGGAGAUGCUGAAGCUACUGGUGCAGGCUGGGGCUGAGCAGAAGGUCGAAAAUGAGGAAGGACUGAACAUCAUGCACUGCGCUGCCAUCAACAACCACACCGAAAUCAUUGAGUAUAUUGUUAAUGACAUGCAGAUGAAAGAAUUAGACAAGGAUGAUCAGUCAGGACAUCGUCCAUUUGCACUGGCAGCAGAACAUGGGAGCGUAGAAAUGCUAAAAACACUGAUGGAGCCGUACGACAUGGCCACAAUGAAGCCAAACAAGAGAGGGGACACGCCCCUGCACUUAGCUGCCAGGAACGGCCACUUGGACGCCGUCCAACUGCUGCUGCAGAGCUUUAAUACUCGGGAUGAAGUCAACACGGUUGGUGAGACAGCUCUGUACCAGGCUGCAGAGAACAGUCAGGAAGAAUGUGUUCUGGCCCUCCUGGAGGCUGGCUGUGACCCCAACAUCCUCACAGAGACCAAAUGCAGCGCUCUCCACCCGGUCUCUGAACGAGGAGACGUGUCUCUUGUCCAGCUGCUUUUGGAGCACCACGCCCACACGGAUGUUCAGAACCAGCAGCUGGAGGCGCCUCUCCACCUGGCAGUGAAGAACAGUCACAUCCCCGUCAUCCAUUGUCUCGUGGUGGCGGGCUGCAACGUCAACAUAGCUAACACGAGACUCCAGACCGCUCUGCAUCUUUCGGCGGAGCUCGGCAGGACCGAAGUGGUGGAAAUGCUUCUUAAAGCCGGCGUGGAUCUCGCCCUCCGGGACCGACAGGGUAAAACCGCUCUGGGCGUGGCGGCCAGAGCGAAUGAGGUGAUGGUGGUGGACAUGAUCAUCAAAGCAGAAAGAUACUACAGCUGGAGAAAGGCCAACCCCGAGCUUAAUGAAAGUGUUCACAGUGAGCAUCCGCUGACGUUUAAGCUGGACCACCGGACUGAAACCAAGCAACUCCGUUCGACUGCCUGGCGCCUGGCGUACGAGCUCCUGAAGCCGCGAGACUGGAAGAGACUGGCGGAGAGCUGGGCUUUCACCAAGGAGCAGGUGUCUGCUGUAGAGGAUCAAUGGACAGGUCAGCAGAGCUACAAAGAGCACGGCCACAGGAUGCUGCUGAUCUGGCUCCACGGCGAGGAGCUCGCUCAGAGGUGUCCCUCUAAACAGCUCUACCAGGAGCUGGUCCGCAUCGGGAACAGGAAGGCUGCAGAUAAGAUUCGGCUGGAGGCGGAGGACACCGGCAAGAGUUGCAGCGUUGCAUGAUCCGAGACGCUUAUGAACUUUAUUUCUCCCGUCAUCAACCAUGGACUUCUGUGAGAGGUUUUAAACUAUUUAUUUAGAAAACAGCAAUGUGCUGAUCGAUAAAAUAUGGCUUUCCUUUAAGAAAGUAAGCAACCAGUGCUGCUAGAUUGUUUCUAACUACAACAACAUUCACCUUCAGCGGAGCAUAAUUGAAAGCCAACAUUUGAUAUGAGGUAAAUGUCCAUUUAGAGCUCUGAAUUAUGUAAAUAAAAAUAACAGAUGCACUACU